AUGCCCUCAUCUGCUCCAACCAUAGCAGCAGCACCACCGCCAGGUCCAGCUCCAACGUCAGCUCCUCCGCCACUCCCGCGUGCUGUCCUUACGCCGCCGCCGCCGCCGACAACUCCCAGCCCAAACUUUAGUACAAGGGUGGUUGCAGGUUCAGGUUCAGGUUCGGGUUCAGGAUUUGAUGCGGCACAAUUUGGUACGGCGGACACAGGUGCAGACUUCAUCCCUGGGACGCAUGAGACUACGAUUCGCACACCCGUCGCACCCAACGGAGUCAGUGCCAAAGCCAGUGCCCCUGCAAGUCAGCCCGCCACAACCACCACGCCAAACUUGAACCUUCAACAACGCCAUACUGGUGCACCACCACCAACCCGCACCGCGCCUUAUUUCCACCCCCGAACCUCUUCCUUACUGCCCCCUCCAAACCCUAUAGUCACGAAUCGCCAGCCAUUUCUUGCGAGCGAUGUCUCGAAUGCAGCUCUGCCUUUGACCCACCAUCAGGAGCUGCACCCACAACCACAAUCACAACCGCAACCGCAACCGCAACCGCAACCGCAGCCGAACACGACGAGGCUGCCAUACUAUCACCACCCACGCCCACAUCCACCACCACAGCACCAACCACCACAACCAGAGCCACGGCAAGCACAACAACAACAACAACAACAACAACAACAACAACAACACCCCUGGCAUAAUCACGAAGAGCUCUUCUUCCACGACAACUCCCGUUCAAACGACGUUGCUUUAGUCCCGACCGCCAAAGCCUACGCCAGCCCUCCGCCCGACGACGCUGACAACUUCGCGACGACCUCGCUGUCCGAGUCUCCACAACCUUCGAGCCUCCUCCACGCUCCCCAAAUCCGCUCCAGUUCCGCCGCAGCCGUCGAUGACGACAACCGAAACUUGAACCGCUGGUCCUUGUCAUCUUCUCCAUCCACCCGCCGACAGAGUAUAGAUAGUGUCGCGCUACACGCUCAAGUCAGCGCCCAGUAUCAGUCGCUGGCCUCGGCUGCACGGCCGGCCGGUUCACCUUCGAGGAAGCUUCAAAAGAAGGCUAAACCCGCCACAUCUCCCGGGCUAAGCCGCGUUCGUCGCACGUCGCCCUCCCCGGUCUCGAUCCCGAUCCCGCCGCUCACCAGUCUUCCGCCCAUAGUCUCACUGCCGUCCCUCGAGGCAGAGGUAUCCACGCCGCGAGCGUCGCCAGCUGCCGAUGCAUAUCCGCCCAGGCGUGACAGCCUACUGAUUAAGCCUUAUGAAAAUUCCGGUUCGCGCUCUACAUCGGCCAGUGACAGGAACAGCAACAACGCGGACGGACCCGCUUCGAAUGGGAGGAGGACCAGCGGCGUCGAGAUGAUGUACGUCGAGAGGAACGGGGGCGGUAUGCCGCAGCAGCCGCAGCAGUCACCGCCUCACCAGAAUGGUCACUCAAGGAGUCAUUCACACACAAAUGGAAGCAGUGACACCUUGACAUCGCGUGGGAGCAAAGACCGGUCGAGCAAACAGCCCUCACAAAAGGCCAUGCUCUCCCAAGCGUUGGAGAAGGCCAACGCAGCGGUGCAGCUUGACAAUUCCAGGAAUUUCGUGGCUGCAAGAUUGGCCUACUCGGAGGCCUGUGAUCUGCUGCACCAGGUUCUCAUGCGGACGAAUGGCGAGGACGAUAGAAAGAAACUGGAGGCGAUAAGUAAAACGUACACGACGCGUAUAGAAGAGCUAGAUGACAUCCUUCCCAGAGAGAAAGCCACGCCACCCCGACGACCAAGCCGAAGUCAGAACGAUGGUCUGUUUGGGGUUCCCAACGAUACAGAUGACGAGUCGGCCAUGAUGUCCACGGCAUCAUCAGCCUAUUCGAAAACUUCAUCCCAUCAAAGAGAGCCUAGCGGCUCCAGGCCAGCCAACAACAUACCUCUGAACCCCACGAAGUUCGGAUCCUUCUCCAGCAGCCAGUUCUCGCCCCAAUCGGCUUAUCAACCACCGCAAAGGAAGUUGUCAAAUGCGAGCGAUCUAGGUCUUAUGCCUCCUCCAUUGUCUCCUCGUCGACCACCGUCACCCGGAAGGCAAACAGGAAUGGUUACCCCCGACGCCCCGUUCAGAGCAGACUUUUCCAUGGCAGCCACUCGGCUUGCUCCGCCACCGCAAUCGGAUGAUAGCUCUUACGCCAGAGGACACACCCGAGCUGGCAGUCAUGAGUCCGUAUCAUGGCUGGACCCGAUCGACGAGUCGGGAGACUCCAACGCUCCGUCCUCAAAUCACUCCAGGUCAUCUUCGAUGGGCCUACGGAGAAGGCAUCUCCGGACCCGUAGCGGGGGAACAGAGGCCGAGUUUGACGCCGCACUGGACGACGCCAUCGAGGCCGCAUAUGACGAUGGCUAUGACGUUGUUGACGAUAAGAAAUCCUUCGAUGAAGGAGACGAUGUGGUCGCUCGGGCACUUCGGAGAGUCGAGCUGGCCAAAGAACGCGUCAGAGAAUCAGAGAGAGAAGCGCUGCAACUCGCAAAUGAUCGGGAGAAGAGGCUACGAGAGCAGCUGCAGGCGGAAGACGAUGACGAACCCGGCGAUUUCCUGGAUGCAAACGACUCUGACGAGGAGGAACGCAUCCUGGAGGAGAUGACAAAAGGAUAUAUCAUUGAGGACUUUUCAUUGGGUCCUGGGAGUAGGAUGCGACCCAACAUGCCAUGGGCGUCGGAUUCUAGCGAAGGCACGAGCCGGACAUGGCACACUUCUACGGGAUCCAACCCUCAAACUGCAUCGACGACACUCACGACGGUUAGCGAGGGCGCUCGUCUGUCCAACGGUGACCGGCCGAAAACUUCGCAGGCGCCAUUGCCGCCGCCGACGCAGGCGCUUCCCCAACUUCCUCUACAGAGGCCUGGUUCAUCAGGUAGCCGCCUGAGCGAGGUCAAGACCAACGACAGCGUACGUAACCGCCGGCUAUCGGGUCAGAAUCCGAAGCAACUCAAGAUAGAGACUUCAAGAAACCCGUCGGUGUCAGGGCCUCACACCGGUGGGACAAUGUACAUUGCCGAGACGCCCAUCACACAAGCUCCGCCUCUCCCCAAGACAGCGGGCUACAUUGCCCAGCAGAGACAGGCUCUCAACGCGGGCGCUGCCAGAUACAAGCAGACUCCCUCUCCAACGCCACCAGUACCCCAAACUCAGGAGAACGACACGGCAAAACAACCUGGCCUCAGGAAGAAUUAUUCUUCGAGCAGCCUGAAGAGCAUGAGCCAGCGGGGCCGGAAUCUGUCGAUAGCGGGGUUGGAAGAGUCAGACAUGAGCCCUGGCACGCCACUUAGCAACCAGUUUGGAUCUACACAACGACCUGCCGUGCCGAACCUGCCGACGCCCAUCGCGGCUGCGUUCAAGGAUCGGAUAACUAGCGGAGGCGCAGGAGGUCUGUACCUCUUUGACGGAGCCAUCAACGACGGCCACCUCAGCCCCGCCGAGUCUCCCACUUCGGUGGUAACUGCCGGAGGGAUACCGGACGCCCCAGUGCCCCUGGAGCCCUGCCCGAAAGGGACGAUGCUGCGGCCGUUCUGGCUGAUGCGUUGCCUGUUCCAGACGCUUGCACACCCGCGCGGUGGCUACUUGUCUAAUAAACUGUUUGUGCCGCGUGAUGUGUGGAAGGUCAAGGGCGUCAAGCUCAAGAACGUCGAGGAUAAGAUCAGCAAUUGCGACCUGUUGACGGCUGCGCUGCAGAAGCUCGGGCGGGUCGACACGUGCGAUGCAGACGCGAUGCUUGAGGAGAUGCAAAGCCUCGAGAGCAUCUUUGAGCAGGUUCAGGCUAAUUUGACACGCCGCCUCGGCAACAGUGAGGUCGGUGUCCAGUCAAUGGCAGCACUGUUCCGUGAUGGCGCCAAUGGCUCCGCCGCGGGUGCUGGUGGUAAUCUCGACCCAGAGUCUGCAGGUUCCGUACCGCGUUCCGCCAGCGUCUCGGGCAAGUCGAGCUUUUCGUGGCGUCGGCUGAGGUCCAAGAAUUCGACACCUGGGCUCAAUGCAGGGCCCGGAGGUUUCAGGAAAGAAAGCCCGGCGACGAUGAUGAUGGAUUCAGCCUUUGGGAGCAAUGGCGGUAGCAGCGGAAUCAACGGCGUCUCCAGCCUGCCCAUGACGAGCCAGCCGACCAGCCGACCCAGCAAGCGCGACCUCAGCGCUGUUCAGUUUACGGGUCCGAACGCAGCUUACAUGGCCAGCCUGGCGAAGCUCUUUGAUGCUGCGCAGGCUAUUGACCAAAUCGCACGCCAAGUCGAAGACCCGGGCCUCAGGCAUGCAGACAAGACUCAAGUCGGGCUGGAACUUUGCACGCGUCACGCCGCCGAGUUCUUUGCUUUCUACAUCUGCCGGUUCGUUCUGACGGACUUGACUAUCCUGCUGGACAAAUUUGUCAAGCGAGGGAGCGAGUGGGUGCUGGUGUGA